CAACAACUACAGCAACUACAACAACUGCAUCUAUAACUUCACCAGAAAUUAUGGAAGAUUAAGAACCCCUUAAUCACUGAACUGGGGGAAAAAAAAAAACACAUUCGCGCACUCAAAACAGCCAGCUGUGAGAAUUCCGAUUCCGAUGAUUGAUGUUUCAUGAUGCCGACGAAUAAUCGAGGUAAUAGUACUGGCGAUCGGCGACUUAGAUGCAAUGCUUGAAUCACCGGCUGGAAAAUGCCUCAGGUGCACUAAUGGCUUUUACCAGCUCUGGAUUUCAAUCUGUUGGUGAAAUCUUUGCAUCUGGAUCUGAAUCUUUGAGCGAUCUUCGUUGGACGAUGGACGAUGGGCGAUGGACGACGGACUGUUGGUUACGGAGAAAAUCCCUGCACUUGAGUCGUCGUCGACGGGAUAAAGUCAUUUGUUGUGGGCUGCUGCUGCCGGCGUCGCUGCUCCGAGGACAACGUAUAUGUUGUCCGAAAAAGCCGCCCUGGUUUUUAGCCAGUCUGUUUUUCCUUUUGGCCGUUUCGGAAUUCACGGGGGUUGGCGACGCGCGGUGAUGACCUUCAGUGCGCCGACUCCCAGACUGUUAUACUGUAAUACAAAGGAGGCCAAGGGAUGAGAAGGUUUCACUUCGGCUUUUACUCCGAAAAACGGCGACGGUAACGGCAACGGCGACGUCGACUGCAAUUUUCAGUGCGUUCGAAAGUUCGACAACUUUGGAAAACUGUCAGUUGGCAGCGAACUUAGAACAGGUAGAGACGCACGUUCCGCCUGGAAAAUCGGUACACAACGGAACAGGCUAGAAAGGAACAUAAAUCCCCCUCAAAACAAAAAACUCCCCGUCCUAUAUUGGGUAUAGGAAAACCGAAAACCGAAAAACCGAAAACCCGAAGGUUUUCCCUCGUCUCCUUGAUACGAAAUAUUUACUUUUUUUUUUUUGGUUUUGGGUUCGGAAAACGUGCGUCGACGUCGACAGCGACUGAAAAACGGCGACUGAAACGGCGACGAUGUAAAAUUUUAUUACCCCAAACGCAUCGAGCAGUCGGGUUUUGGACGUCCGGACUUCACCGCCGCCUCGCUGCGACGCCAGACUUUUAUUGCAGCUGCCAUAUAGAGUGGGCAUAUUCCAUGGUCAGGCCCGGAGAUCCCAAAAACUUUCUGUGAAGACGGACACAAACUUUUUCCAGAGUGCGGCAUAAAAGUGCAAAAGUUUUUUGUUCGCAGCGCCAACCAAACUAAAAGAAAAACUUCGCAGCCGCGCAAAACCCCCCCUCUCAAAACACAAAACAAAAUUUACAAAAAAAAAAAAAAAAAAGAAAAAAGAAAAACAAAGAAUAAUAAUAAACCGUUAGUGCAAUGCAAUGCAAGCAAAAACACAGAAUAAUAAACAAAUACUAGAAAGUGCGUGGUCUAAUUGAUAUCGAGUAUACGCACCGUUAGCCGGCUAAAAGUUUAUCAAAACUCUAAAGAUAUUCCAUACGAAGAUCUCGCCGCCGUCGCGUUGACAAAAACGGAAUUGAAAGGCCGGAAAAGCGGAAUAGCCACCAAAAAGAUGGCUCUUUCCAAGCGGCCCCUCACAAAGGACACGCCCUUGUCCGAAAGCAAUGGCAACCACACCAAUGGCAACGAUCACGAGACCUCCAUCAAGCGACGCAAGCGAUGCAGUCGCGAUGAGGACUCAAAUCUGAUCAUCAACAAUAAUAAUAACAAUAAUAAUAAUAACAAUAACAAUAGCAAUAAUAAUAAUUUGCCACAAAAGAAACGUAAACAAGGUGGUCACAUCGCCGAUAGUCCGGAGAGUCCCACCUGCGGUAGUUUGCCCACACCAAUGGCCAAAUGCAAUACGGAUGCGGAUCAGGAUGAUGAGACCCUUAUCCGUGAGACACAGGCCGCCCUGAAAAGCCUCUCGGGCAGUUGGCCCGACUCUAGGGGGAAUCUGUAUCGACUGCAGGAACAGGACGAAAAUCCACCACCCUUCCAGAAUCUCUUCGAGGAGAAACAAAAGUAUGAGGCCAUCACCAAUAGCAGCCUUGCCAUCCAAACCAGCUCACCAAAUCCAAAUCCUACGCUCUUCUCACGUUUCCACAGACAAAAGGAGAACGACCAGGCGCGUCUUAAUGCUGCCAGUAUUGGAAAUGGUAGUGCCGCCCAUCUGGCACUUGGCAAGAAGUCACCCGAUCAGGAGCAGGAUCCCGAACUGGAAGAUACCUCUUCGUCGGCCUCUGGACAGGGAGUCUAUGCCCAGGCAGCAUCGGCCUUCAAGCCACCGAUCGAUAUCAUCAAACGGAAUUAUGUGGCCGCCGCUCAUGCCCAUUAUAGCGCCUAUAAUGCGGCCGCUGCAGCGGAAUCAGCCGCCGGACUGGCCUAUUAUGGUUAUGCCGCUGCUGCCGCCGCCAGUCAACAACAACAGCAACAACAUCAGCAACUUAGUGCCGCCUUCGAUAUUGCCAGCCAGAUAGGCGAUAAGCAGCGGCCCAAGGAACCGAUGGCCGAUGGCAAACAGUAUACGAUUCUUCAGCCGGCAGGCAUUGGUAGUCGUGCGGCUUCUGUGAUGCAGGACAUUGCAUCGCGUGAGGGCGUUGUUGGUGUACCGCUCGUGGCCACGCCUCCAUCGACAGCGGCCGGCAGUCCGGCGGCAGCGAUACCAGCGGCAGGACCUUCAACACCUUCGACACCGGCACCCAGUUACUCACCGGGCAGCCAGAAUCGCGUGCUGGCUUUGCACGAGCAGAUCCUGAAAUGCCCCACGCCCGGUUGCAAUGGUCGUGGCCAUGUGCAGCCGCAUCGCAGCGUGCACCGCAGCCUCUCCGGCUGUCCGCGGGCUUUAAGGCGCUCCGUCGGAACCAGCCGCCGUCCAGCGGCAGCACCACUAGCAGCAACAGCAGCCGAUCUGGACAAACAUGAAAAGGAGCUGCAUCCGUUGGACAAACUGAAGCUGGCCUCCAAUCACUAUCUGAACAAUAACAACAGCAACUGCAUUAACAAUAAUAGCACGAAACUGAGCGGCACCACAACGAUGCCGAUUAUCAAAUCGGAAUAUAGUCCCGUAGCCAGUAUCAAAUCGGAGUAUAAUAAGAGCCCCAUGCACUCGUAUCUCUCGGGGGAUGCGGCAGCGCCCGCUCCCGCCGCACCAUCUUCAGCGGCCUCCUCUCAAGCGCCGCGUUCUGGUUCGGCAAGCGGUACAACUGCCUCGAAUGGUGAGAACAACCUGCAUGCACCGCAUCUGAGUCGCUUUGUGGGUCUGCAAAGUCCGCCGCAUCAGCCACAUCUCAAUCCUCAUGGCCAUCACCAGCAGCAACAGCAACAGCAACAACAGCAGCAGCAGCAACAACAACAACAGCAGCAGCAGCAGCAGCAGCAACAACAGCAGCAGCAACAUACAUUGCAUCAGCAGAGAGGACCGUUCAUAGAAGGCAACGAUGUGCCUGAUCCUUCAGCCACUUAUCACUCGGAACACCAGCAACAGCAACAGCAGCAGCAACAGGCCGACGAGCGGCAACAGCAAUAUGAACAAAUGCGCUAUGCUCAAAGCCAUGUAAGUGUCGGACCAAGCGGCGAACUAAUGGCACCCAACGGAGGUGAACUGUCGCCUGGUACGGCGAGAAGCGCCUAUGAAGCACAUCCUGGACAUCCGCAUCCACAUCCCGGACAUCCACAUCCACAUCCGCCCGUCUCGCUGAGUUCCCUCAGCUCGCCAGCCUUUACGGUAGAUGCAGUAACGGCGGCCAGCGGAGCUGGUUUCGAGCGUUACGAUCCCAGCGGCGUCUGUUGUCCCAGCAACGGUCAAAGGGCAACAGCAGCAACGGCGGCGACGGCAGCAGGUGCUUCUGCGGCAGCGGCUGCUUAUCAUUAUCUGCCCCAAACCACCGAUGAGAUGCAGGCCCAACAGCAGAAAUAUCUUCAGGAGCAGCAACUCAUGCUGGCCAAGGCGGAGCACGAUGAGUUGGCCAAUGGCGGGCAGCCUUUAUAUCCUCGGCCCAUGUAUCAUUAUGAUCCCACAAUGGGGCCACUGCCGCCGGGCUUUUCGGCUAUUAAUCUAUCGGUUAAAAUGGCCGCUGCUCAAGCAGCAGCUGCAGCAGCCGCCUACCAAAAUCAACAGCAGCAGCAGCAACAACAACAGCAGCAGCAGCAACAGCAACAGCAGCAGCAGCAACACCACCAGCAGCAACAACAACAGCAGCAGCAACAACAGCACGGCAAACAGAGCAGCUCACCCGCACCCAAUGUGGGCGGUGUGCCGGCGGUGGAUCUAAGUGGUUCCACCUCGGUUACGAGCAGCAGUCCGCACGGUUUCAAUUCGCCAGCCUCGCACAACCAGUAUACCGCCCAGCGGAUGGGCAACGGCAGUCCGCAGCCAGGAGCCAGUCCAAACAUAGCCAGUCCCCAGGUUCCCAGUCCUCAGGGACAAACGUUGGACCUUAGCGUCACCCGUUUACCCCACAGCAUUAUUACGAGUCCACAGUACGGCGCCGAUGGCCUGGUGGUGGGUCAUGCUCAGGGCUUUGUGAGUGGAGCGACAGGACCUCUGGGUCCAGGCAAUGGUGGUCCACCGAGAUCACCGCAAAUGGAACCGGUUGACUUUAGCGGGCCUCCACGACCUCUGGGCUUUGGAUUGGUGGGCCACAUCAGCGGUCCGCGUCCCUAUAGCCGCGAAUCCACACCGGACAGCGGUGGUUCUCACUAUAUCGAAACGUAUCGUGAUCCCAGUGGUUACUCACCACAUCCCGGCUAUGGAAUGGUGGUGCAGUCAGACUAUCCGCCAGCAGGAUACCACGGCUACGGUCCGGCUGCGUAUCAAUGCAGUAAUCCGUAUGCCACUGCCGUCGGUCCUGGUGGGUAUCCCACGCCCGUUUCCGGCGGAUAUUCGCCCAGUCCGGCCACCUGCUACUCGAUGCCACCGCCACAACACAUACCGCAGCACGACAAGUCCAAGGACGGAUUGACGGGCUGCUCGCGCUCGGACCGCAACCAUCUGCAAUCGCACUCGCAGGAGCUCAAGUGCCCAACGCCCGGAUGCGAUGGCUCUGGACACGUGACAGGCAACUACUCCUCACAUCGCAGCCUCUCUGGCUGUCCAAGAGCCAAUAAACCGAAGAGUAAGCCACGCGAUGGCCAGGAUUCGGAACCCCUACGUUGUCCCAUUCCGGGAUGCGAUGGCUCUGGCCAUUCCACCGGCAAGUUCCUCUCCCACAGAAGCGCUUCGGGCUGUCCGAUUGCCAAUCGAAACAAGAUGCGUGUCCUGGAAGCCGGCGGCACUGUAGAACAGCACAAGGCCGCUGUGGCAGCUGCCACGGCCAUGAAGUUUGAUGCCUGCACUACGGUGGGCAGCCAGGGUAUCAAGAAGCCCAAGUUCGAUGAGGUCACCAUGGUCUAUCCCAAAGGUUAUACAGGCGGCAGCGGUCUGGAUAUUGUUAUGGGCGGCGUAGGGAGCAGUGUCGGCGUGGGACUUGGUCUUAAUGUCGGCAUCGGGGUCACCAGUAGCAGUAGCGGCAGUACCGGCGGUAAUAAUAACACCAGCGGUAGCAGCAACACCGGCAUAACCGAAAAGAAUCAAUCUGGUGGUGGUCCAUCAUCUGGAGCCGCUGGCAGCGAUGAUCUUAACACUCUGGAGGCCGAGAUAUCAGAGCUACAGCGGGAAAAUGCACGUGUAGAGUCACAAAUGAUGCGGCUCAAGUCGGAUAUCAAUGCCAUGGAGUCGCAGUUGAGCACCAGCGAUCGGGAGGCUUCUCCAUUGAGCGGUCAUCAGCAGCAACAGCAGCGUUCCUCGGUGGCUUUGGCCUCGCCCAGCGGUCAAUCGCCAUUCGCCAGUGUUAGUUCCACCAGUGGCACAUCCACGGUCAGUGGAGGGACCACCAAUAGCAACAACAACAAUAACAACAAUAGCACUGGCGGUGGCACUACCAAUGUCAACGAUCUAAACCACUCGAUCAGUAAUUUAGCACCCAGUUCUGGCAGCAAUCCCAACCAAUCCAUUGAUAGUAUAGGAGCCCCACCCAAUGCCAAUCUGAAUAACUAUUACGAGAGCCUGAGGAAUAAUGUGAUAACGCUGCUGGAACAUGUUCGUCUACCGCCACCGCCACCACCGCCUGGUUCGACCACGCCCAGUUCGUCGGCGGGCUCUGUGGUUCAUGGACUGGAUAAUGUAUGUGGUGCUGGUGGUCAGUUGGUGGCCGGAGGAUCUCUAGUGAGUGGAGAGCAUGCGGCGGCGUAUUCCACACUCCUGCCGCCGCCACCGCCACCGUCUUCGGGCGGUGGUUCGGCUGCUGCCGCUGGUGGAGGUAUGUAUGGUGGUGGAGGUGGUGGUGGGGCUAUAGGUGCUGGUCUUCAUCAGGGCAGUGGCUCAGGCAACAGUGGUGUUUUAGGAUCUAGUGGAGCUGUAGGACCUCCACCAGUGCCACCACAUCAUCAUCCUUAUACAGUGCAUCAUCCCGUCAGCUACGGCCAUCCGCAUGCCCAUCCUCAUGCACAUCCGCAUCCACACGAGCACUUCGACUCGUAUAUCUCGAAACUUCAAUCACUUUGCGUACCACCCGAUGUGUAUGCCCUGCCGGAGGAUACGGAACGACCCGUCUAUAACUCGGUGAAGCCUACAAUGCACCAGGAAUAUGGAAAACUCAUGCCGACGCCUAUUUAAGAACAUUGAAAAUCAAAAGCCCAAAAGAACACUGAUGACCCCCCCCAGGAAAAAUGAAAAAUAGAGCCAAAUCCCGUCCAGGGCUCAGACAAGUGUAAAUACUUAAAUAAAAAGAAGUGAGAAAUAA